AUGCCGACAGCAAAGCGGAAAGCAUCCGCGUCUCCAGCUGCCUCCGAAAACAACGACGAUCCAGCAGAGCUCGAGAUCGACCAGCCGCUCGACGAUGACCUAGGCGAAGCAGGUCCAUCGUCACCACACAAACGCGCCCACGUACCUCCCUCGUCAUCUCUCCCAACCCUACAGAGCGAUCUUUCACAUCUGCCACUCGACAUUCUCGAACCUCUAUUGCCGCUGCAGAAACGACGCUGCCUCGGCACGCUCGUCGGUAGCCUGCCACCGGUGCCUGCGGAGCCAAGUCAGCCAAUAGCGUCCACCUCGACACUUGCAGCGGACGAGGACGAGGAUGCUGCUGUGUUCACCGAUCAAACUCGCUCAAAAGAUGUGGAUGAGAGUGCGAGACUGCAAGCAGGCGCGUGCGUGGGGCUGGAGGAGGAGUGGCAUACAUUACACGGUAUGCUGUACGCCACGGUCAAGGCGCAGGAGAGCAACAGCUGCUUGCUCAUCGGUGCUUCAGGUUCCGGCAAGUCCUUGCUCGUCGACUCGGUUCUUGAGUCGAUCCGCAACACCGAUGAUAGUGGUGCUUCCGAGGACAGACCUUACUAUCACGUCCACCUCGCAGGGACAGUGCAGAUCAACGAUAGGUCAGCCAUGAAGGAGAUGGCGCAACAGCUUAUUUUGCAGGGCGCAUUCACAGAGGAAGAUGUUGGCGACGCUAUCGAUUCGCCAAAUAUGGAUGACGAAGAUGAAGACGGCGUGCAGUCGCGUAUGGCACCGGCUGGUGAUCAUGUUUUUGGCGGCGACGCAGAAGACGAAGAUGAAGACGAAGCAGCACAACUCGCUGCGGCUGCUGCUGCAGCGGACGAACAGGUCGAGAUCCAAGACGAGCUCGCCGGUGCCAUUCUAUCCUCUCUCAAUAACAUCAUCGCGCAUAUCAUCGCGCUCCUCUCCAACACCUCGUCCACUUCAUCGUCCAACGACAACUCGAAUCCAAAGGCAGGCAGGAAACCCCUCAUUAUCACACUCGACGACUUUGAUCUGUUCACCGCUCGACCCCGGCAAGCUAUGCUGUACUGCCUGUUGGACGCGGUGCAGGCGGCAUCGUACGGUGCAGGGCUGGCCGUCGUCGGGCUGACGAGUCGAGUAGAUACGGUGGAUCUGCUGGAAAAGAGGGUCAAGAGUCGCUUCUCCCAUCGGAUCUUGCACGUUCGACCACCGGCGACGUACGAGAUCAUUGAAACGAUCGUACGCAAUGCUCUGGCACCACUGAAUUCCGGCUCGAAAGCAUUGGCUUCGAUCCCACCGGGACAUGUCGAGACUUUUGUGCGGGCAUGGCGAGCUGACUUCGAUCGACUCUUCUCCCACCAGCACUUUCGAGAUGUCCUUCGCGGCAUCUACGAGCUAUCCAACGACAUCCGUAUGAUCUACCGCAUCCUCAUCCCGACCAUCUCCUCCCUCACCCUCCUCUCCCCCUCCAUCGAUCUUUCCACACUCCUGUCCACCGCGGCGAACGAAGUCUCCGACGGAAUCAUCCACAUCCUUCGCGAUCUCACCGAACCCGAACUCGCCCUCCUGAUCGCCAUAAAACAUCUCCAGACACGCGAUCGACAGAUCUUCAACUUCGAAAUGUGUUACGAUGAACUUCGACGCUUCGCCUCUCGAGACGCUAGAGAACGUCAAGCCGCCUCUUCUUCCGCCGAAGGUGGCACUGCAGGUGGGGGAGUUGCUGUUUCAACGCCAUUUUUUGCGGAUCGAAAGAUCGCCUUGAUGUCGUUUCACUCGUUGUUGAGUUUGGAAAUCGUGUUGCCGGAGAACUGGGUUUCGACCCUGACGAUCAGCAAUCCGGUGGCGAAACCGAGCGCUGCGCCAGGUGCGGUGGGCAGGUCCAACCAGAGUACCAUCAGGAAGGAGUUUUGGAAGGUCAGAUGCAUUCUACCCCCUCAAGUCAUCGUCAGUGCUGUCAAGGAUAGGCAGAGACAGGUCGCCGUCAGUUCGAGUCUCGUCAAAUGGGCUACUAGUCAUGGCUAA